GCACGGCGCCUUCCCCCUCCUCCGCUUGCUAUCUCCUCCUCCUCCUCCUUCGCCUCCUUCUCCACCUCCUCCUCCUUCUACCACCGCCACCACUACCACCACCACUGCCACCUCCUGCUGCUGCUGCUGCUGCCGCCGCCGCCGUCGCCGCCUCUGCUGCUGCCCCUGUGGCUGUUUCUGCUCUCUCCUCCUUCUACCAACCCACUCUGAAUCAGCUCCCUUUUCACGACUGCUAUUGCUGCAGUCUCUGUCUUUCUCUCUUUCUCUCUCUCCUUAGCGCUCCAAGUUUCCCAUCUCCAGCCUCCUUCUUUCAGGAUCAGGGCAAAGGGAGGAAACAUCAGGUCCUGUUUGCUGCUUCAGCUUUGCAAAGAACAGUUAUGAAGAAAAAACUAUCAGACUUCACCAUGCAGUUGGUCCUUCUUGUUUUCUUGGUGUGGGCACCAGCAAGAUUGGUGCUGGCUGACCCUCAAGAAGAUGAAGCUAAGAAUAACAUUACCAUCUUUACAAGAAUUCUAGACAGACUUCUUGAUGGUUAUGAUAAUCGUCUUAGACCAGGAUUGGGAGACAGCAUUACUGAAGUCUUCACUAAUAUCUAUGUGACCAGUUUUGGACCUGUCUCAGACACAGAUAUGGAAUACACAAUAGAUGUUUUCUUCCGUCAAAAAUGGAAAGAUGAAAGGUUGAAAUUUAAAGGUCCUAUGAACAUCCUUCGACUGAAUAAUCUAAUGGCCAGCAAAAUCUGGACUCCUGACACUUUCUUUCACAAUGGAAAGAAGUCUGUGGCUCAUAACAUGACAAUGCCAAACAAGCUUCUACGCAUCCAGGAUGAUGGCACUUUGUUAUACACAAUGAGGCUUACAGUGCAAGCUGAAUGUCCAAUGCACUUGGAAGACUUUCCAAUGGAUGCUCAUUCAUGUCCUUUGAAAUUUGGCAGCUAUGCAUAUACAACCUCAGAAGUCACCUAUAUUUGGACUUACAAUGCAUCCGAUUCAGUUCAGGUUGCUCCAGAUGGAUCCAGACUAAAUCAAUAUGAUCUCCUAGGCCAAACAAUUGGAAAAGAGACAAUUAAAUCUAGUACAGGUGAAUAUACAGUUAUGACGGCACAUUUCCACUUGAAAAGAAAAAUUGGUUAUUUUGUCAUUCAGACCUACCUCCCUUGCAUCAUGACAGUCAUUCUCUCCCAAGUCUCAUUCUGGCUAAAUAGAGAAUCAGUACCUGCAAGGACUGUCUUUGGAGUGACAACUGUUCUGACGAUGACAACCCUGAGCAUAAGUGCUCGAAACUCCCUCCCCAAAGUAGCUUAUGCAACUGCUAUGGACUGGUUCAUUGCUGUUUGCUAUGCAUUUGUCUUCUCUGCCCUGAUUGAAUUCGCCACAGUCAAUUACUUCACAAAAAGAGGUUGGGCUUGGGAUGGAAAGAGUGUAGUCAAUGACAAGAAAAAAGAGAAGGCAUCUGUCAUGAAGAAGAACAAUGCUUAUGCGGUGGCCGUGGCCAAUUAUGCUCCAAAUAUUACCAAGGAUCCAGUUCUUUCCACCAUCUCCAAGAGUGCCACCACAGCAGAAACGAACAAGAAACCAGAGGGAAAGCCAGCAGAAGCAAAGAAAACAUUCAACAGUGUUAGCAAGAUUGACAGAAUGUCUAGAAUAGUUUUCCCAGUCUUAUUUGGUACUUUUAACUUAGUGUACUGGGCAACAUAUCUAAACAGGGAGCCUGUGCUUUUAGGAUUUGCUCCAUCAACCUAAAUGCAAAACUCCCACUUGGUAUGGAUACUGCAAAAUGAAAAUCUGCUAGGUUGUUUUGCUAUGUACAGUCCGACUAAUAACUGCUAAUUUGUGAACCAAUAUGUACAGAAUGUAUAUAGAAAUCUAUCUUAUCAGUAAGUCUCCAAAGGAGGCCCACAUUUGCUAAUUCAUGGGAUCUGUAAGCAGAUAGCACCCAUGCCAACUGAGCCAUUGCUUUUACAAAGGUGUACCGAGGGAAGUUGGUUUGAAGUCAAUUUCAGGUAUGCUGAAUAUGACCUCUAUUUAUUGUGGAAAUGAAAAUGGGAGUCCUACACAACACUUCUGGAACACUUUUGUUUUAGUUAGAUGUUAGGAUUUUUCUCUACUCAUGUCUAAUUUUACAAUAAUGGAUGAAGUUAUCAUUAAAAAGAUGAGUUUUUUUUUAAACAGCAGGGUUUGUUCUCUGCAAACCUAACACUUUCCCUGAGUGCUCAGAAUCCCUGCUGAUGUAUUUGGGAGUUUGGUGCACAUAAGAAUGCUAGGAAGCAAGAUUCAGCCUCUAAUUAUUCUGUACAGUUUGUUUAUCCAUGUACAUAUUACAGUAUGAUGACCUCAAACUUUAGAUGACUCACAACCUGACAGGAUGUUAAUUAUGUUUUGAGUGGAGUAAAUGUUGGAAUGCCAUCGUCAUUAUUUUCUUACCUUUAGAUCUUAUUGGAAAGCUGUCAAUGAAGCAGUCAUUGCAAUCCUGCAAAUUAUUUUUGUCAGCCACAGACAAUUUGAAUUCUCAGUGUCUCCAUUUCACAAAAGAAAGUGUCUUACUCUUUCAAGUAUGUAUUGUUUUCAGAUUGAUCAGCCAAAUUGACCUGGUUUGGAGACAGGAAAAAUUCAUUUCAAACCUUGAAGGCUGUUAAGCAAUGCUGACAUUCCCACUCCUCAGAAACUGAUCAGAGCUUUUGUGUCCUAGAGAAUAUAUAUGAAAACUGUAAGAUACUCUUUGUUCCUGUUUACUAAUACAGAAAAUUCUGCCUUAAGGCUUCUCUCUUCAUCAUUUUGGGGAAGCCACUAAUUCUAAAGGAAGAGGCAGUUAAAGUGGCACUUUUUCUCUGUCCUAAAAGGAGCUUUCUCAGAUAACAUUUAAUGUAAAUCUGCUUUUGUAAAUUGCAACUUUACAUUUUGCUGACAUAACUUUACAAUGGCUUUGUAUACCAGAAAAGGUUUUGGUAAGAGUUGAACAUUUUUUUACUUAAACUUUAAAGCAUUACUGGCAAUUAUUGACUAUUUCACACACACACACACACACACACACACACACACACACACACACAACUCACACACAAGUAGCAAGAUUAGAAGCCGUUUUCAAUUUUAUAUCAAUGUUGAAUAAGAGUGAUAAAUUUGUUUUUUUUUUUCAUUUGGUUGUUUUGAAAAUAUCCUUUAUGCCCUGAGACAGCUUUUAAAAAAAAGUAACGAUUGUGUAUGACCCCUAGCUUCCAGUCUUCUGGACACUCUAAAAGUCCUUUUGAUUCACACAUAUAUUAGCAGUUAUUAGUUGACCUUUACCAAGAGAUCACCUUUAUGAUGAUGUCUUUGUAGAAACACGUGUAGUCCUACAGUGUCAUUUCUUGCAGUUUUGUACAGUAUUUGAGUCUAGUGCAUAAAAUAGGUAUGUUCAAAAAUCAAUAAAAGGAAUAUCUUCUAAUGUGGAAAAAAGCAAAAAGAAACAAACAAUGUUGCUUUCAUUUGCCUUUUUUUCUUUGUUUCUUCUAGUAUUUUCUUUUUAAAUAAUGUGAUUCUCUUCUGUACUCUGUAUGACUAUAUUGAAAUCAAGGUCACAAAUCCAUUUUAGUAAUAGAAUUUACAGUGAAGACAGACUUAAUAGUCAAUAGUCCCACAGGCCAUAAUAUAAUCCAUAAGACAUAAAAGAAACCAAAGGGUGAUACAUGAACCCACUAUCAAUUUCCCUAAUCCCCUUCUAAUGAUGCCUUCUUUAUCAUAAAAGUAGUUCAAAACAUGCACUUUACUCAGACAUUCAACUAAAAAGGACCUUAUUUUCGUACAUAUAUUUGUAUACAUUGUAGAUCUCCAUGUAAUUCAGAUAUGUUUGCAAUGACAUGAUAAAGUAUGUAAGAUUUGAAGGCAAACAAUAAAAGGGGUGUUUUUUCAUGGUAUAUAUCUAUUAUACAUUUAACAUGUUUUUAUUUGUAAAUUAUAAGAUAUGUCCUUAAUGUCAGACUAUCCAGGUAUAAAUUAUAAAUUUAUAAAUAUGUAUAUAUGUAAAAAGGUUGUAAAUAAUUGGUUCUUUAAAUCAGCCACCGCCACGAACAAUCUCUCUCUGCUUUUGGCAAAGGGCUGUCCCUGCAUGUUUUAUUGCUGGCUUCAGUCCUAUGUGCAAGUUGGAGCAGAUUGUCUAGAAUUAUUAUUUUCUGUGGUUUCAAUGGUUGAGGAUCUUCUGUCCUAAUUACACUGUAGUCAUAUCAUAUGUUCAUAUAAUUUAUUUCAGAAUGCUCUGUUACUGCUCUGACUUUGGUGCAUGUAUCUCUGUGCAUAUCCCUAAAUAGAAUCCUUUAGGAGUUUGACUAGAUAUGGAGGAAUGUUGAAAUUUUGUUGGGGAGAGGUAGGAAACUCCAUGGAGAAUGAGGAUCACAACUUAUAGAGCCAUGAAUUUGACAAUUUUACUCACCCUUUAGAAAAACAAUUCAGAAAGCAGACUAAUGAAAGCAAUGAUUUACUCCAAGGAGAAAAAAAAAUCCACUGGAAAUUAGGUGUUAAGUAACCUGAGCAUGCUCCCUUGGCAUAUGAAUAUCAAUUUCAUGUGUGUGUAUAUAUGAUAUCUGAAGUUAUGAACAUAAAAGGUAAGGAUAUGUAAAAUUCUAUUAUCAGGCAGGCCCUGCUUUGAAAUUAACUCAUGAAAUUGCCACUAAAGUUAGGAGAAUUUAGUUUGAAUCUCAUCCUUUUAGAUAAGAUGAUAAACGAAAUAUGCAAAACUAGCUUAAUAUUGGAGAUAGUUUUAUAUUUUUCUGCUAUCCAUUUCCUAUUUAUUUACAUAUAAAACUACAAGAAUAUACCAGUUCAUAAAUUCAUUAAAUAUCAAUAUUUUUGAAUUGCCAGUCUUAAUAAUUUUUCAAGGGAUCUUAAGAUGAUACCACUCCCCGGUUUCUCCGUAUUUGCAGUUUGUCUCAGGAUUAGAUUAAGAAACAUCUUGAAUUAUCUCUUCAGCUUUAUAAAAAUAUCAAGAUUCACAUAAAAAUCCACUGCUCAUAUGACUGAAGAUCUUUGGGUCUUACAUUUAUUAUCUAUAAUUUGGAAAGUGUCAAGAGCCAUGAGAGAAUUCACAAACUAUAUUUGUAUUUAAUGUGUCAUGGAGUUGGGAGAAGACUAGGCAUUAUUAUUCUAUAAAUUACUGGCAUAUAUGGUACAAGAUGGUGACAAAUGGCUCCUUUGGCAUGGCUUUUCUGUUUUCAAAGAUGAAAGAGAAGGAGAAAGAGGAGAGAAAGAAGGCAAAUAAAUAUGCUGGCUUUCUGCAUUUUUUCAGGUUCCUUAAAUAUUUUCAUCCAUCUAUUCUUUCAUGCAGUCCACAUUCAUUGAGUACCCAAUAUGAGUAAGGAAUCAUAUAGGAAAAGACCCAUCAGGGAGCUCUACUCUCAUUAUAUUCAAUGGAUUUUAAUCCCUGACUGGAAGAGCACUUUUACAAAGUCAGUUAAACAUGACAAUUCCCAUAGUUAAUUUGGAAUAGUCAGCUUUCUUAACAUCCUUAUCAACAACUAUUGAAAAUGACCAUUAGGUUUGCUAAAAAUAAAGUGAAUGCAAUAAGGCAAUUUACUUUGUUUCCAAUCAUCUAACAUAGUUUAACAUAGUCAUAAAUUCAGGUUCAUGAAUCUUCUGCCUGAUUUGUUUAAGUAGAAAGGUGAACAAUUUUAAGGUAUUGUCCACUAGCCUAACACAACCCAGUUCUGACCUUGAUUUUCUAUUGAGCUCUUUGCAUUUAGUAUCUCUACUGAACUAGUCUAUUAAGUCCAAAGGCACCGCAUUAAGAUCAUUUGAGGAAGUACUUCCUGCUUAGAAGGCUUAGAAUUUGUAGCAACAAUGCACUGAUGUGCAUAUCCUAAGACAUACUAUUUCAUGCAUAGGCUUGAAUUAUGAUGCAACAUUUAUUCAUCUUGUCCCUUUUGGUUGAAUGCAUUCCUGACCAUAUCCUUAGUUUAUAUAGUUUUAUGUCUCACAAAUCAAUAUAGACAUCAUUGCUGAACAUACUUUUAGACAAAUGUGUGAUUGUUGUUUUAAAAUCCAAAGAAACAGAAAGCAGAAUCAUAGAAGAAAGAGAAAAAAAAAUAAAGGAAGGGCAAGGGUAUACCAAAAAUAAGUGUUUCAAAUUUAAACUAAACAAAAACCUCAUGUUUUCCUCUUUAAAAAUAACAAAGA